UUUCACACUGGUUUUAGAGAGAGAGAGAGAGAGAGAGAGAGAGAGAGAGAGAGAGUUGAACAAGAUAACCUAAGAAGAGAUCCAGAAGAGGUGGAAGGAGGCUUUGUCUGAAAAUUUUUGGUCGCAGGAGAAGAAAGUCACCUGCUUCCUUUAGAGAGAGAGAGAGUCUCUUGUCUUGUUCCUUCUCUCCCUUCAUUCAAUUCCAACUCUUCCAUUUUUUUCCACUCAUCUUUAUUAUCUGCAACAAAAUCCACCGACCCAUCUCUCUCUCUCUCUCUUUGGAACCGGGAACCGUGGGCAUGGUCUCCGUGGAGGAGGAACGGAAGGUCCUUUCGCCACGUAUCGGAGGCUCUCGUCAGCUCGGUUCUUGAAAGACUUCUGCUGAUAAAAGCUCUUCUUCUUGUCAUAGUUGGGGUUUGUUAGUUUCAUGGCCGCUGACAAAGAAAUCACCACCCAACUGCUCCACCACCAGCAGCAACAACAGCUCCAACAUCAGAUGUCUUUCGGGAUGAUGCAGUCCGCGCCAUCAACAUCUUCCUCUGUCCUCCAAAAUUUCAUAAGCAAAGAAAAUAAUGGAGCUUAUGACUUGGGAGAGCUGGAUCAAGCGCUCUUCCUAUAUCUCGAUGGUGGACAAGAGGCGCCAAACGUUCAUCAUCAUCAUCAUCAAGAUCAAAGGGAAAACACCGGGAUGAUGAGACCUCCAACGCUGAACAUAUUCCCUUCUCAACCUAUGCACGUAGAGCCAUCUAACAAGGUCAAUACCGGAAUAGUUUCUCCUUCUACAAGUGUUCCCAGAAGACAAAUGGAGCAUUCAAUGGAGUUAGGUGACCCAAAAAAUGAUGUCUCAACUGGUGCUGAGCCAGCUAAACCCAUCAAGCCUGAAGGCAAUCGAAAAGGCUCGACAUCGGAUUCUCCGGAGCUUGAAGGACCUAAAACUCCAGAUCCUAAGACAUUGAGAAGACUCGCUCAGAAUAGAGAGGCAGCAAGGAAGAGCAGGCUUAGAAAGAAGGCUUAUGUUCAGCAGCUGGAGACCAGCAGGAUGAGGCUAAAUGAGCUGGAGCAAGAGAUACAAAGAGCUAGAGCUCAAGGUAUGUUUCUUGGAGGAGCAGGUGUGGGAGGAGAUCAAGGUCUUCCCGUUGGAGGAAGCAACAUUAUCUCAGAGGCCGCGGCAGUGUUCGACAUUGAGUACGCAAGGUGGUUGGAGGAGCACCACCGCCGCACCGGCGAGCUCCAAGUGGCAGUCCACGAGCAUUUGCCGGAGAGCGACCUGAGGCUAUUUGUGGACAACUUUGUGGCUCACUUCGACGAGGCGAUGAACCUGAGGGCCAUGCUAGCCAAAUCCGACAUAUUCCAUCUGGUGUCCGGCAUGUGGAUGACUCCGGCCGAGCGAUGCUUCAUGUGGAUCGGUGGAUUCCGUCCCUCUGAGCUCAUCAAGAUGGUAUUUAGUCACAUCGAGCCACUGACGGAGCAGCAGAUCAUGGGGAUAUGUGGGUUACAGCAGUCAACGCAGGAGGCAGAGGAUGUCCUGACUCAAGGGCUGGAGGCACUCAAUCACUCCCUCUCAGACACCAUUGCUUCUGAUCCAUUGACCUCUCCUCCCAACAUGGCCAACUUCAUGGGCCACAUGGCUAUAGCCAUCGACAAGCUCUCGGCUCUCGAAAGUUUUGUUAGGCAGGCUGAUAACUUGAGAAACCAGACAAUUCACCGAUUGCAUCAACUCCUCACGAUACGCCAAGCAGCGAGGUGCUUCUUGGCCAUUGCUGAAUACUUUCAUCGCCUCCGGACACUCAGCUCCCUCUGGUUGUCACGUCCUCGUCAACAAGAUUAACUAUCACUCUCUUAACAUCUAUGCAUACUUUCUUUUCUUCUU